AUGGCGGCGGCAAACCCCCCAAACGUCAUCCGAAGGAAACUUGUCAUUAUUGGUGACGGUGCUUGUGGCAAGACUAGUUUGCUAAGCGUCUUCACCCUCGGCUACUUUCCCACAUUCCGAACGCCCUUGUGGUCUUCCGAGAAGCACCCCCUAACGAGCUCCCAGAUCCCUACUGUUUUCGAGAACUACGUCACAGAUUGCAGAGUAGACGGCAAGUCGGUGCAGCUGGCACUAUGGGAUACCGCAGGACAGGAGGACUACGAGAGGCUUCGACCGUUGGCAUACAGCAAGGCGCAUGUCAUCCUGAUAGGUUUCUCAGUUGAUACUCCCGACUCCCUCGACAACGUCAGGCAUAAGUGGGUAGAAGAGGUGACGCGACUCUGCCCGGGUGUUCCCAUUAUUCUCGUCGGAUUGAAGAAAGACCUGCGCGAAGACCCCGUGGCCAUCGAGGAGAUGCGAAAGAAGUCCCUGCGCUUCGUCACUUCGCAGGAGGGUGACACAGCCGCCAAGGAGAUUGGUGCCAGGAAGUACCUCGAGUGCUCCAGUUUGAGCGGCGAGGGUGUCGACGACGUGUUCGAGGCUGCUACACGCGCGGCCCUGCUCACGUUCGAGAAGGGCGAGGGUGGCGGCUGCUGUGUGAUCCUCUGA